CUCGUCAUUUGAAUGACUCAAGCUGGUUCGGGAAGGAGGGAAACACGAACCUCCUCUGCGGGAUGAAGAUCUCGGAGCUCUCCUCGCCGGACCUCCGCUCCACCUCCAAGGACGCGACGCCUGUCCUCCGCCUCCUCCUCGACGACGUAGAGUCCUCCGUCAAGGUAGCCGAAUCCCUCGACCCCUCUUCCUCCCCGGCAGGUCUCGCCGCACGCCUCCGCCUCUCCCUUUCCUCGCUGAAUCAACCCGCCUCCGCCACUCACCUCACGGAGCCCGUCAAGAUCCAUCUAUGGAAGCUCAGCUACCGCCUCUGGAACGCCUGCGUCGACCUCUCCAAUGCCUCCGAGCUCCUCCGCGGCGACGCACCUUCCCGCAAGGCCGAGCUGGCGGAGCUCCGUCACGUCGCUGCCGACAUGCUUUGUAUUGCCGGACUCCCCCUCGCUAUUCCGUCCGCCGCCUUCAAGUCCGCGUCCUUCUUCCACAAGACCGGCCUCAUCUGGCACGAGCUCGGCCGGUUCGAUCUUGCUGCCGGGUGCUUCGAGCGCGCCACGGAGCUAGCAUCCGCGGCCCAUUCGGAGGGAACUUCGAAGAUUGGCGACGAGGAGGAGAGGCAGCUCCUCCUUGACCUCCACAUCGCCAGGGCGCGUACGGCGUGGGAGGUCGGCGAUCGUAAUCUCGCGAUCGCCCUCUUGAACCGGUCGAAGAAUCUAAUCCUUGGCUCUCCUUCAGGGUUUCGGUCCCUGGCAGAGCAGUUCCUCCUGUUCGGGAAGCUCGAUCUCUCCAAGAAAUCCCCCGAGGGGAGAUCGGACGCAUCGAGGCUUCUCACCGAAGCAAUGGAUCUGUGCGAGAAGGGGAUUGCCGCCGCAAGAAGCCGCGGUGCGAGCGGCGGAGCGGAAACGCUAGAAUUGGACGGUUUGAAGAGUCGGUGUCUCCGGUUCCUGGCGGCGGAUCGGCUCCAAGCGGAGGACUACGACGGGGUGCUGAAGUGUAUCAGGGCUUUGAGGUCUGGCUCCGUGGUGCCGCCGGCGGUAGAGCACCCGAGCGUGAAGUACGUAGCGAUGAAGGGGUGGAUUGGCGUGCGGAGGCUUCAGGAAGCGGAGAGGGAGUUGAUGGGGAUGAUGGCCAGCAAGGAGGUUCCGGAGGCUGCGUGCGUCUCAGCUGCGGAGGCGUACCUCUCCAAUGCGGGGCCAGAUAAGGCAGGAUCUGUUUUGCUGGGACUAACCGGGCGGUGUCACGCCAGUGCUGCGGCGGCACUGAGGGUGGUGCAGAGGGUGGCUGAGGGCGGUGGCAGAGGAAGGGCGAAGGUGUUAGCGGAGCUGACGGCCGACGAGAAGGUCGUAGCUUUGUUCCAGCCCUCCGCAGCAGCGAAGGAGCGGGAGGCAAUGCACGCGCUCCUCUGGAACUGUGGAGCAGAACAUUUUAGAUCCAAAGAUUAUGAAGUAAGUGUUGACAUGUUUGAAAAAUCAAUGUUUUAUGUGCCUCGAGACGAGGAACACCAAUCGCGCAGAGCAAACUGUUUCAGAGUUCUUUCCCUUUGCCAUCUUGGCCUUCAACAGAUUGAUCGAGCUCAAGAGUUUAUUGAACAUGCUGAAAAGCUUGAACCAAACAUCAAGUGUUCUUUCCUCAAGUACAAAAUUUAUCUGGAAAAGAAGGAUGAAAAUGAAGCCAUCAAACAGAUGCAAGCAAUGGUUAGUUGCAUCGAUUUCAACCCAGAAUUUCUUACCCUCUGUACCCAUGAGGCUAUUUCGUGUCGGCUUCUUCCUGUUGCUAUUGCUUCAUUGUCUGUCCUGCUCAACAUCUAUUCACCUGGGAAGAAAAUGCCAAUGACUGAAGUUGCAAUCUUGAGGAAUCUUAUCAGCCUCCUCCACAGAAGCCCAAACAAUGAGCUAGAGAUCCUUAAAUAUACAAAGUAUGCUCGGGCCAGAAUGGUCGAAAUUGGAGUGGAGUGCUUCUUUGGCAAGGGAGCCGUUGGUAGCCGUGAGCUGAAUUGGCUUGCUGGAAUUUCCUAUAACAUGGGGUUAACAACUGGAAACGAGAAGAAGUAUGAAUUCUGUGCCAAGUUCUUUGAAUUGGCAUCUGCUUUUUACACUGCAAUCACUGAUGAAGAAGGUGUGAAUCAAGCUACAUCUUGCAAAUGCUUGAUCAUCAGUGUGGGUGCCUUGCUUAAUGCUGAGAAGCAAAAGGAAGUUACUUUGGUGGACAAUGAUGUCAAAUUGGCCCUGGAGAUGUUGGUGAGAGCUGAAAAGAUAUUGCCUUGCAUUUCAUCCUCGUUCAAUGACCCCAGACAGGCACAGGCAGAGAAUCAAAGUCUCCACUUCCUUCACACUUACUGCACAUAUGAGCUCAUGAACCGUGUUAAAGAUGGUGGCCGGUCACAGCAGUUACAACUGAUAAAAAGCUUUGCUGCUUCUAAAUCAUGCACUGGACAUUACCUUCUCCAAUUAGGCCUUGCCGCUUCUUGCAGUGAACAUUACGAUCCAGAAGUAGCUGAGUUUGCUCUCAAUGCUUGCCUUCCUGCCCUCAUUGCAUCCCCUUCCCCAGAUUACAGUUCGAUCAGCAUUGUCAUCCGCAAGUUGGUCUGCCUUUCUGCAUCCAGAGGCAAUGAAGUUGGCAAGGAUGAUGGAACCUAUGAUAUAUACCGGAAAGCAUACCAGAUAAUUCUAGGGCUCAAGGAAGGGGAGUAUCCUACUGAGGAGGGUAAAUGGCUUGCGAUGACUGCAUGGAACAAGUCAGGCAUUGCUGUCCGGAUGCAGCAGGUUGCCAAUGCAAGGAUAUGGAUGAAAAUGGGGUUGGACUUGGCACGGCAUUUUCAUGGCAUGGACAAGUAUAUAUGUGGCAUGGAGGAGUAUUUGGCUAAUUUUGAAAGGCUUUGUUGUGUUGGGGAUGGUGGAAAUAGUGAGGGAGAGGGCAAUGGAGGAUCUCGGAACAGUCCUACUACAGGGAACAUUGUACAGAUAUGCCGAGAAUGAAUAUGUUUUUCCUCUUUUAAGGCUGAUGUUAGUCUUGGCUGCAAUCGCCUGCUUGGAUAGAGUUGUGAAGCACGUAGUUCGUCAAUUAGCCAUUCGACAUGUAGCAUGUAACACAUACUAAGAAAGUGUUUGGCUUGUGGUCAUAAUUUUUACCCACCAAAGCACUAGAGUUACGAAGAUAAUACAUAAUCAUAGUUGCAGUCAUUUGCUAA